UAUGUUAAAGUGAAGUUGAGUGUGAAAAAUGGACGAAGGGGCUCUUACAAGCAAAGCCAUUGCGGAGCUUAUGCGAGAAAUGCAAGGACAGACUGAUGCCACUGCUUCAACACAGAUACAAGAACGCAAAAUAAAUCCACUACGCAAAACAAACAAGCUCUUUCUUGGCCGCACCAUCAACACGGCUCUGCGCCAUAACAAACGCGAGGUUGAACGUACCCAGGCUAAUUGCCAACAAAAGUUGCAAGAGUUGGAUGAUAGAAAACAAAGACGUAAAACUAAUUCCUACUUUAAUGGAAGUGGUGACCACGAUAAGCGGCGAAUUCAAAGGCGCCACAAGAGGAGGCAACGCAGCCGUAGUAGACGUAGCUCUAGCAACUCACCUAGUCCCUGCCGAAGUCGAAGCCGAUCACGCAAGAAAAAAUGCAAAAAGAAGCGCAAAAAGCACACGAAGGACAAGGACAGGGAUCUGAAGCAACGGCGGCGCAGUAAAAGCCACCAGGAGGAUGCUCCUGACAGUUCUCAGAUAGAAGAAUCCAACACAGUUCAGAAUUAUUAUGUGCGACAUUCAAACAAUAUGGCCCUAGCCGUAGCCAUGGCAUACGGUCAAGCUUUAUAUACCCAGGCCGCAACAACUGAUAGGACUUGCACCCAGGACGAAGCAAACAAUGAUGUACCUGCCUCACCAAUAAGUGAUAUUAUGAGGGAACUCAUGUCGGAGGCCGAAGAACCGACUGAGCCGUUGAUAAUACCAUCCACAUCCGAAAGCGAUGGGGAACUAUUCACCAUUGACGUCAGUUCAACAGGUAGCGUUUCUGAUUCGUCUGAAAAAAGCAGCGACGUUGAAAGCUGCAGAAACAGUUGCAUAUCACUGGAUGACAGCAAUGCUGAAGCUGAGCCAGGUAGUGAUGUAGAAUUUGUAGAGAGUGGGGUCGUAAAUUCGAAGGAGUCGGAGAAUGUGAAGCCAAAUCAAGAGGAGGAGGUUAUUACUGACAUCACAACCGUCGACCUAACUGACAAUUCGUUAAAUUAAUUAGUUCAUUAUACAUUUAAAUAAAUGUUAUCUGUAAAA